UCAAAUACCUAUACUGGAAAGUUUUGAUUUAUCUUAUUCAUUUAGCAUAUUGCUUUUGUAUACUAAAAAUCUACCGGAUGAUGCUACAUAAAACGUAUUGACUGUGCUAAUGUCUCUAUCCAGAAUAGGUUUCCUGAUAGACCAGGAUGGAAAAACAUAACCUAACUAUGCUAAAAGAAUUCAUUCUGACGGGAAUCACAGACCGCCCUGAGCUGCAAGCUCCACUGUUUGGGCUAUUACUCAUCAUCUACAUGAUUUCAAUGGUGGGCAACUUGGGCAUGAUCAUCCUCACCAAGAUAGAUUCCAAGCUACAAACACCCAUGUACUUUUUUCUCAGACACCUGGCUAUUACUGAUUUUGGUUAUUCAACAGCUGUGGGACCUAAAAUGUUAGUAAAUUUUGUUGUGAAUGAAAAUACAAUCUCCUAUUAUUUUUGUGCUACACAGCUAGCUUUCUUUAUUGUGUUCAUAGCUAGUGAACUUUUUAUUCUGUCAGCAAUGUCCUAUGACCGCUAUGUGGCCAUCUGUAACCCUCUGCUCUACACAGUCAUCAUGCCACAAAGGACGUGUUGGGUGCUGGUGGCAAUCCCCUAUCUCUACAGCACAUUUGUUUCUCUUCUGGUCACCAUAAAGAUUUUUAACUUAUCCUUUUGUGGCCACAAUGUCAUCAGGCAUUUCUACUGUGACAAUCUUGCCUUGUUAUCUUUGCUCUGCUCAAACACAUAUGAAAUUGAAUUGAUCACUCUCAUCUUAUCAGUUUUUGAAUUGAUUUCAUCCCUUCUAAUAGUUCUUGUUUCUUACCUGCUUGUUUUUGUAGCCAUUCUCAGGAUGAACUCAGCUGAGGGCAGGCACAAGGCUUUCUCCACUUGUGGAUCCCACCUGACAGUGGUGGUAGUUUUCUAUGGGACUUUAAUCUUUAUGUACAUGCAGCCUAAGUCCAGUCAUUGCACUGACACUGAUAAAGUGGCUUCCAUAUUUUACACCUUGGUCAUCCCCAUGUUGAAUCCCUUGAUUUAUAGUUUGAGGAACAAAGAUGUAAAAUAUGCCCUACAUAGGACAUGGAAAAAAAUGUGCAAUGUCUUUUCUACAGUUUGA